UAGACAGAGAGAGAGAGAGAGAGAGAAACACACUGGUAUGUGCACGAGUCUCUGGAGGAUUGAAGUCGACUGUAAUCAUGCAUCUGUCUGUGCAUAUGGAUUCGUAAACUGUAGACACAUCUGUUUCUCAUCUGCGCGUUCAUGUAAACAGACUGAAGCAGCUUGACGAUCAGGAAAAGUUUGCAGACUGAAUUAUGUUCUCUUCAGUAAAGCCUUAUGAAGGGCAGCAGUUUGCAGCCCUGAGGAAAGAGUGCCAGCAGAACAAAAGUCUGUUUGAAGACCCCCUCUUCCCCCCAGUGGACCAAUCCCUCUUCUAUGGAGCAAACCGCAUCGGAAAAGUCACAUGGAAGAGACCAAAGGAGCUCUGUUCUGAUCCACACUUGUUUGUGAAUGGAAUCAGCGCCCAUGACCUAAACCAGGGACAGCUGGGAAACUGCUGGUUUGUGGCAGCGUGCUCCAGUCUGGCCUCUAGAGAAGCACUAUGGCAAAAAGUCAUCCCAGAUUGGAAAGACCAGGAAUGGGAAGAUCAGAAACCAGAGAACUAUGCUGGAAUUUUUCACUUCCGGUUCUGGCGUUUUGGAGAUUGGGUGGAUGUCGUUAUCGAUGACCGGCUGCCAACUGCUAACGGGGAGCUCAUCUACUGUCACUCCAAUGAUAAAAAUGAGUUCUGGAGCGCCCUGGUAGAGAAAGCUUAUGCCAAGAUGUCUGGCUGCUAUGAGGCUUUGGAUGGGGGCAACACGGCCGAUGCUCUUGUGGAUUUCACUGGAGGUGUGUCGGAGCCCAUGGAACUAAUGGAAGGAAAGUUUAGCACAGAGGAAGAGGCGAGGACCCAGCUGUUUGACCGAGUUUUGAAGGUCCAUGAAAGAGGAGGUCUGAUCAGCUGCUCCAUAAGAGCAACUUCUCAGUCCGAGAUGGAAGCUCGUUUGAACUGCGGCCUGGUUAAAGGUCACGCGUACGCCGUAACGGAUGUGAGGAAAGUGCGUCUGGGCACCGGUCUGCUGGCGUUUUUCAAAUCAGAGAAGCUCUCCAUGAUCCGUAUGAGAAACCCCUGGGGUCAGAAAGAGUGGAAUGGAGCUUGGAGUGACAGCUCUGAGGAAUGGAAACAAGUCAGUAAAAGUGAAAGAGAGAAGCUGGGUGUUACCGUAGCAGAUGAUGGUGAAUUUUGGAUGAAUUUUGAAGAUUUCUGUAAGUACUUCACAGAUCUGAUACUAUGUCGACUGAUAAAUACAUCAUACCUGAGCAUUCACAAGACCUGGGAGGAGGCAGUGAUGCGUGGCUCCUGGUCUCGUCACGAUGACCCUUUACAAAACCGAUCCGGAGGCUGUAUCAACCACAAAGCCACCUUCCUCCAGAACCCACAGUAUGUGUUUGAUGUGAAUAAAGCGGAGGAUGAGGUUUUGAUCUGCCUACAACAGCAGGACAGACGAGCUCGACCCAAAGAGGGAAAAGGAGAGAAUCUGGCUAUCGGCUUUGAUAUACAAAAAGUUGAGCUCAAUAGGAAGUAUCGUAUGCAUUCGAUCCAGAAGACGGUGGGCAGCUCUACCUACAUUAACUCUCGCAGUGUGUUCGUGCGCAAGGAUCUGAAGGAGGGCCGCUAUGUCAUCAUUCCCACAACCUUUGACUCCCUCUUGCAGGGAGAAUUUCUGUUGCGUGUCUUUACAGACGUACCUGCAGACUGCAAGGAGCUCAUAGUAGAUGAACCAGCACACACAUGUUGGACGGGGUGUUGUGGUUACCCAAAGCUGGUCACACAGGUGCAUGUGCACAGGGCAGAUGGACUCAAGGCUCAGGACGCAGAUGGAUCGUCUGACCCGUAUGUUAUAAUCAGCUGUGAAGGAGAGAAGGUCCGUUCUUCAGUAUGCAAAGACACCCAGACUCCAGAGUUUGAUGUCAAAGCUGUUUUCUACAGGAAAAAACCCAGAGAGCCCAUAAUCGUUCGGAUCUAUAACCAUAACAUCCUGAAGGAUUCAUUCAUGGGUCAGGUGGCUUUAACCGGUGAUCUGUCCGACCUGCAGCCGCUUCACACGGUUCAGCUGCGGGACAAAAAUAAUCGUCCGAGUAACGAUGUGUCCGGUAUGCUGUCAGUAAGCCUCAAAACCAGCGAUGUGCUGACAAACAUCUGAUCUCAAAUCUGGGCCGGACUAAUCAUGGUCCUGUUGCAAUGAUGACCAUAUUAAAGUGACCUCGAGCGUGGUAAAACCUUAAAGCACUUGAUGUGGUGUCUGUUAAGGGUAUUAUCUUAAAAAAACUGUUUUGUGGGAAUGUUUCUGUCUGCCAAAUUGAGAAACAAUACUUGCUUUGUUUACAAAAUCUUUUAGCUUGUUCUAGUAUUAUAUCCUUACUAUUGUAUUCAUCUUAGAAAUCAUACAUUUAUUGAUAUCUUAUAGAAAAUGCAUCUACAGUAUAUUAGCAUAUUAUAUACAUAAAAUAUUUAAUGCUAAAGUCAAUGAAAUGGUGAAUCAGUUUUAUUUCUGCAAUCAAAGGUACGGGUUUGUUUUUUAUUUGUUGAAUCUGUUUACACGUUUAUAUAUGGAGGGCAUUCUUUCUAAUAUUUUUGUUUACUUACUUAUGCUGAGCAUUUCAAUUUUAUACAAUUGCCAAAUAAUCUAUGCUUUCACCGUUUACACAUCUAUUUGUCAAGCUUUAAUGAAUGAAUUGGUUUUAUUCAGAGUUUACAUCUAUGUAGAAACCAUAAUCUGUCAAAUAUCAAUUUAAAGUGAAUCUGUGAUUUGGAUCACAACAUUGAUUAUCAAUAAAGUGUAAUGAGCCAUAGUGACCAGUAGGUGACAGUGUGUUGUAAGGGCAGAUGAUGCAAGUCACAUAAGGGUUGCAUUUGUACAUUUUAAUCAAUUGUCUUUUAAAUGCUAACACUAUCUUAAAAAUAACACAUGUUUAGUAAAAGUGGAUUUAUUUUUCUUUUUUUCAUUUUUGGGCAUAAAAGAGAUCAUAAUAGAUAGACGUAAUGUGUGUGCACGUAUGUGGACACGCAUAUCAAUGGAGAUUUCAUCAUGUUUAUGUCCUUUUACAAUCACAAUUGAGGUAUUUCUUGACUUGCAUUUGCAUGUUACCGUCGCUUUGGUUGUCUGCUGUUUACAGUUAAAUACAGAAAGUGCCUUAUCAGAACCUGUGAAAUAGCCAAAGACGUCAUCGUCCUGUGUUUUCAGCAUUCACACAUCUGUUGUAUAGCAUGAUUGAAUGACUCAGGUAAUGCAAUAAUGAUGCAUGAAUUUAUAUGUGUGUGUUAGCCUGUUUUAAUGAUUAUCUGUAUUCAUGUACCACAUUAAAACACUCUGGAAAUUUC